AUGCGGCACUCCCUGACCUUCCCGCUCUGGCACCCCAGGAAGGGAGCACCGUGGUCUGUGGCUCUGAGACCCAGGACACCACACGGACGGACGCAUUCCAGCCCUGCUAACAUUCAAGGGCAGAGCCCGGAGGGACAACAGGGUACCACAGACCCCAGGGCAGUGAGGUGGCACAGAGACUGCCCCAGCCACCAACCCUGGGAUGCCUUGGGCACGGCUGUCAGACUGACUCGGAGAGAAGGGGGGCAGAAUGGAGGGCCCUGGUCUCAGGGGAGGGUCCUCAGGGAAGCCAAGGAAGACGUCCCCGGCCCUGCCGGGAGCGGAGGGGAGGACCCUGAGUCAGGAUGCAGCCACCCAGUGCCCUGCCCUGCCCCACCCCCACCCCCAUUCCUGGGAGGCCUCAAAAUGGCAGUUAGUGCCAAAGUCCUUCGCAUACCCCCCGAGGUGUCAGAGAAUAAAGGCCUCGGUUUGGAAGUGGUGGACUCUGGCUCAGCACAGCUGAGGGAGAAAUCGCAGGCCCCAAAGAAUGAAGGUGCCACACCGUCUCGUUCUCCCUCCUCCAGGUACUGGCAUCUCCUGCUCUGCCCACACCGGGGCCUGCUGUGCCUGACCUGUGUCAACAUGCCUCGGCGACGGAAGGGCCAUCAGCUACUGAGACAAGUAGCAGCUUACCAGGGGUCUUGGAGACCCUCGUCUACCACCAUUACCUCUUCAGGUGCUUUAGACACAAGAUCUGACAAAGGUGAUAAAAGUCAAGAUAAGGAACAUUCGUGGUCUUCUGAGGUCCCAUCUCCCGAGACCUCAUGCAGUGAUCUUCUAACCACGAAGUUGGAUUUGUUGGAGCAAUUUCUCCUGUGCAAGUAUGAAAUGCAAGAGCCCAUUCUGAAGGAAGACAUGCUGAAGAUUGUGGGCGAAAUUAACCCAGACCAAUUUGCUGACCUCAUCAAAACAGCCUCUGAUCAUAUUGAGGCCGUCUUUGCAGUUGAUUUGAAGGAAGUCGACUCAAGCAACCACGCAUAUGACCUCGUCAGCAAACUGAACCUCCCCAAUAAUGGGAGGGUGUAUGCUGGCAACGGGUUACCAAAGACCGGUCUCCUCAUGAGUAUCCUGGGCGUGAUUUUCAUGAAGGGCAACUCUGCCACUGAGGAAGACAUUUGGAAAUUCCUGAACAUAAUGGAAGUAUACGCUGGAAGGGAGCACCGCAUCUACGGGGAGCCCUGGAAGCUUAUUAACACAGAUCUGGUGCAGCUACAGUACCUAGAAUACCGCCAGGUACCUGACAGCGAUCCGGCACGCUAUGAGUUUCUGUGGGGCCCAAGAGCUCGCGCUGAAACAAGCAAGAUGCAAGUCCUACAAUUCUUGGCCAAGGGUGGUGAUACAGGCCCUAGUGCUUUCUCACCCUGGUAUGAAGAGGCUUUGAGAGAUGAAGAGAGAACACGAGCUACAGAGUCGGUCAGGGCUGCCACUGGUGCCACAGCCAGACAUGAUAUCACGGCCCUGGCUGCUCUCACCCCUAGUGAUGUCUGA